AUGAUUCCUGUGGCCGAAUUCAAGCAGUUCACCGAGCAGCAGCCUGCCUUCAAGGUGCUGAAACCCUGGUGGGAUGUGCUGGCUGAGUACCUGACGGUGGCCAUGCUCAUGAUUGGGGUCUUCGGCUGCACCCUCCAGGUGACCCAGGACAAGAUCAUCUGUCUGCCUAGCCACGAAUCCCGGGAGAAUCAGUCAGAAGCCCCGUGCCAGCAGCUGCUGCCCAGGGGGAUCACCGAGGAGGGGGGCGACUUCCGGGAGCUCAGUGGCCUCAAAAAUAACUUGGACCUUCAGCAAUACAGCUUUAUCAACCAGCUUUGCUACGAGACGGCGCUGCACUGGUACGCCAAGUACUUCCCCUACCUGGUGGUCAUCCAUACUCUCAUCUUUAUGGUGUGUACUAGCUUCUGGUUCAAGUUCCCGGGCACCAGCUCCAAGAUCGAGCACUUCAUCUCCAUCCUGGGCAAGUGCUUCGACUCGCCCUGGACAACGCGGGCCCUGUCUGAGGUCUCCGGAGAGAAUCACAAGGUGGGGCGGCCGACGGCGGCUGCAGUGGUGACUGUGGCUGGGCCAGGGAAGGCGACUGAGGGAGAGAAGGAAAAGGUGUUGGCGGAGCCGGAGAAGGUGGUGACCGAGCCACCGGUGGUCACCCUCCUGGACAAGAAGGAGGGAGAACAGGCCAAGGCACUGUUUGAGAAGGUCAAGAAAUUCCGUGUCCAUGUGGAAGAAGGCGACAUCCUUUAUACCAUGUAUAUCCGGCAGACCGUGCUCAAGGUCUGCAAGUUCUUGGCCAUCCUGGUAUACAACGUCAUCUACGUGGAGAAGAUCAGCUUCUUAGUGUCCUGCCGGGUCCAGACGUCGGAGGUGACGGGGUAUGGCAGUUUCUGCUGCAACCACACCAAAGCGCACCUCUUCUCCAAGCUGGCCUUCUGCUACAUCUCCUUCGUGUGCGUCUACGGCCUCACCUGCCUCUACACCCUCUACUGGCUCUUCCACCGGCCCCUCAAGGAGUACUCGUUCCGCUCGGUGCGCGAGGAGACGGGCAUGGGCGACAUCCCCGACGUCAAGAACGACUUCGCCUUCAUGCUGCACCUCAUCGACCAGUACGACUCGCUCUACUCCAAGCGCUUCGCCGUCUUCCUCUCGGAGGUCAGCGAGAGUCGCCUCAAGCAGCUCAACCUCAACCACGAGUGGACCCCGGAGAAGCUGCGCCAGAAGCUGCAGCGCAAUGCCCGGGGCCUGCAGGAGUUGGCUCUGUGCAUGCUCCCGGGCCUGCCCGACACGGUCUUCGAGCUGGGCAGCGAGGUGGAGGCCCUGCGGCUGGAGGCCGUGGGCGACAUCACCUUCCCCCCGGGACUGUCACAGCUGGUGCAGCUGCGGGAGCUCAGCUUGUUGCAUUCGCCCGCCAGGUUGCCUUUCUCCUCCCAGAUCUUCCUGCGGGACCAUCUCAAAGUCAUGCGGGUUAAGUGCGAGGAGCUGCGGGAGGUGCCCCUCUGGGUGUUCGGCCUGCGGGGCCUGGAAGAGCUGCACCUCGAGGGGCUCUUCCCCCCGGAGCUGGCACGCGCGGCCAACCUGGAGAGCCUCCGGGAGCUCAAGCACCUCAAGGUGCUGUCCCUGCGGAGCAAUGCGGCCAAGGUGCCAGCCAGCGUGACCGACGUGGCGGGCCAUCUGCAGCGGCUGAGUUUGCACAACGACGGGGCGCGCCUGCUGGCCCUCAACAGCCUCAAGAAGCUGGCGGUGCUGCGGGAGCUGGAACUGGUGGCCUGCGGGCUGGAGCGGAUUCCUCACGCCGUCUUCAGCCUGGGCGCCCUGCAGGAGCUGGACCUGCAGGAUAACCACCUGCGCUCCAUCGAGGAAAUCCUGAGUUUCCAGCACUGCCGCAAGCUGGUGACGCUGCGGUUGUGGCACAACCAGAUCGCCUACGUCCCCGAGCAUGUGCGCAGGUUGCGGGGCCUGGAGCAGCUGUACCUGAGCCACAACAAGCUGGAGACGCUGCCCAGCCAGUUGGGCAUGUGCUCGGGCCUGCGGCUGUUGGACGUGGCGCAUAACGGGCUGCGGGCUCUGCCCCCCGAGCUGGGGCUGUUGCAGAAUCUGCAGCACUUGGCCGUCUCCUAUAACGCCCUGGAGGCGCUGCCCGACGAGCUGUUCUUCUGCAGCAAGCUGCGGACGCUGCUGCUGGGGUACAAUCACUUAAGUCACCUGUCGCCCCAGAUCGGCGCCCUGCGCGCCCUCAGCCGCCUGGAGCUCAAGGGCAACCGCCUGGAAGCGCUGCCCGAGGAACUGGGCCGCUGCGGGGGACUCAAGAAAACGGGGCUCCUGGUGGAGGAGGCGCUGUAUGAGGGCCUCCCUGCGGAGGUGCGGGACAGGAUGGAGGAGGAGUGA